AUGAGAGCCACGUCGGCAUUCAACUUCUCAAGAUCCGAGGGCGGAAAAGUGCAGUGGUCGCCCAACUGCGACUGGAAGGGCAACGACAUUGGCCAAGCCGCCGGCAAGGGCGACACGUGCGGAAAGCAGUGCAUCAGCCGCGCGCAUUGCACGCACUUCACGUGGACGGCCGAAAACGGGGGCACGUGCUGGUUCAAGGGGGCGAUCAACGCGACAGAGCUGGUCGCCGCGAAUGACACGUCGUGCGGUUACCGCGUCAGCGACAACGGAGUGACCGGCAACCCGUACAGAGGAGUCCUGCCGUACCUCAACCCCGAAUAUGCGGAGAACGUGCAAUCCGCGAUGCGCGCGUCGACCGAGGAUGCACCAUACUUCGCGAGCGUGGCCCAGUAUCCGACGGCCGUGUGGCUCGACUCGAUGAAGAAGGUCAACAACAUCCAAGGCCACCUCGAUAACGCAGCGGCUCAGGCGGGCGGCAAGGCGAUUCUCGUGCAAUUCGUGAUCUACGACCUCCCGGGCCGCGACUGCAACGCGUGGUCGUCCAAUGGGGAUAUUCCCAAGGGCGGCCUCGACACGUACAAGACCAACUACAUUGACGUCGCCGUGUCGCGCCUUAAAAAGAAGGCGGCGAACGUGCGGCUGUCGAUCGUGAUCGAGCCCGACUCGCUGCCCAACAUCGCGAUAAACUUGGGGAGCAAUCGGUGCGACUCAACGACGGAGAAGGAAUACACGGAGGGCGUCGCGUACGCGAUCGCGUCGCUCUCGCAGAUCCCCGACACCACACUGUAUCUCGACUCGGGGUCCGGCGGGUGGCUCGUCCUCGCGCUUGCGUGGCAGAUGAGCCCAAACGCCAAGAUCCGCGGUUUCGCGUCCAACGUGGCUAACUAUAACCCGCUCUAUUCCUUCCGCUGCCCGGCGUCGGAGAAAUGCCCGCUCGUGAAGAACAAAAGCACUGGCGAAAUGAACUACGACGGGAACCCGUGCAUUGAUGAGAACCGGUUCACGUCGCGAAUGAAUGCGUACCUGGGAGCCUUGGGAUUGCCGACCAGGUGGAUCGUUGACACCAGCCGGUCCGGCCUUGGUGGCAUUCGGAAGCGCUGGGGUUCGUGGUGCAACGUGAAGGGCGCGGGGAUUGGACCGCGUCCCCGCGCGAAUCCCCCUGGUGCUCCGCAAGCGGAUGCUUUGGUUUGGAUCAAGCCGCCUGGGGAGAGCGAUGGCCAAUCAAAAAGUGUUGGCCAUUCCCGCGUGGAUCGCGAGUGCGACCCCACCGACCAGCUGGGCCUGGACGCCCUAGCCGACGCCGCGCCCCGCGCUGGCCAGUGGUUCCAGGCGGGAUUCUCCAUGCUGGUUCACAACGCCAACCCGCCCAUGCCUGCCAAGGACCUGAGUGGGAAAUGA